UCUCCCUAUUUAAUCCCGCCAUUAAAUCGCUGCAUAACCACUUGUCAUUUCUUCUGUAUAUUCAUUUAGAUUGCAGAAUCGAAGCGACGAGAUUAGUUAAUGGCGGGGGAGGAAGAAGUGAGCAACAAGCAGGUUUUGUUGAAGGACUACGUCAAUGGAUUUCCCAAGGAAUCCGAUAUGAUUCUGAGAACGUCGGCGGUCAGAUUGAAGGUUCCCGAUGGCUGCAACGACGCCGUUUUGGUGAAGAAUCUCUACCUGUCCUGCGAUCCGUACAUGCGAAGCCGCAUGGGGAAGGUGGAGGCCAGCUAUAUUGACUCUUUUACCCCCGGCUCGGUUAUCACAGGAUACGGCGUUGCAAGAGUUGUGGAUUCUUCUCAUCCCAAGUUCGAGAAGGGCGACCUUGUUUGGGGCAUGACCGGGUGGGAGGAGUUCAGCCUCAUCACAUCGACUGAUGGCCUAUUCAAAAUUCAAAACACUGAUGUGCCACUUUCCUACUAUACCGGCAUCCUCGGUAUGCCCGGCAUGACUGCUUAUGCGGGUUUUUAUGAAAUAUGCUCUCCCAAGAAAGGAGAAACUGUCUUUGUCUCUGCUGCAUCGGGCGCCGUUGGUCAGCUUGUCGGUCAGUUCGCAAAAUUGUUGGGGUGCUAUGUCGUUGGAAGCGCCGGAAGCAAAGCUAAGGUCGAUCUCUUGAAGAAUAAAUUUGGAUUUGACGACGCAUUCAACUACAAGGACGAGCACGAUUUGAAUGCAACCUUAAAGAGGUACUUCCCCGAUGGCAUUGAUAUCUACUUUGAGAAUGUCGGGGGAAAGAUGCUAGACGCGGUGCUUCUCAACAUGAAAGUUCACGGUCGCAUCGCCGUAUGUGGAAUGAUUUCACAAUACAAUCUUGAAAAACCCGAAGGAUCGUACAACUUGGCUUGCCUUAUUAUGAAGCAAAUUCGGAUGGAGGGAUUCUUGGUAUUCAGCUACUACCACCUCUACCCGAAGUUUUUGGAGAUGGUGCUACCUCUCAUCAAAGAAGGUAAGAUAAAUUACGUGGAGGACAUAGUCGAAGGCCUCGAAAAUGCGCCGAGCGCGCUUAUUGGACUAUUCUCAGGUCGAAAUGUGGGGAAACAAGUGGUAGUCGUUGCGCCGGAGUAGUCGUCGUAACAAUGGUCUAAUAGCUCAGUUGGUUUGUAAGAUGAUCUCAAGUGUUGGACUCUUGUUACUUAUGCAUCUUGUGAUGAAUCCCAUCAAUAAUUAUUUGUAAUUUGCUUUGGAAUCAUGUUGAUUUCUUGUUCAUGUUUUGAUAAAUUUGUACCCAAAGUUGUUUGGUUGGAUGGAUUUGAAUUUGAUGGUGAAUUUUAAAGGAA